GCCGCCAUGCAGGAGCCAUUGCUGGGAGCUGAGGGUCCAGGCUAUGACACCUUCCCGGAGGAGCCGGCGCCGGAGGACAGACCGCGGGUCGGGGCCCUGCAGAACAAGAGGGUGUUCCUGGCCACCUUUGCCGCCGUGCUGGGCAAUUUCAGCUUCGGGUAUGCCCUGGUCUACACGUCCCCCGUCAUCCCGGCCCUGGAGCACGCCUCAGAUCCAGAACUACGCCUGACCAAAUCCCAGGCCUCCUGGUUUGGGUCCGUGUUCACCUUGGGCGCGGCCACUGGCGGCCUCAGUGCUAUGGUCCUCAACGACCUCCUGGGCCGGAAGCUCAGCAUCAUGUUCUCCGCUGCGCCCUCAGCAGCUGGCUACGCACUCAUGGCGGGAGCCCAUGGCUUCUGGAUGCUGCUGCUGGGGAGGACGCUGACGGGCUUUGCUGGGGGGCUCACGGCCGCCUGCAUCCCGGUCUACGUGUCUGAGAUUUCUCCUCCCAGAGUUCGCGGGGCCCUGGGGGCCACACCCCAGCUCAUGGCAGUGUUUGGAUCCCUGUCCCUCUACGCCCUUGGCCUGUGGCUACCAUGGCGCUGGCUGGCCGUGGCUGGCGAGGUGCCUGUGCUUGUCAUGAUCCUGCUGCUCAGCUUCAUGCCCAACUCGCCGCGCUUCCUGCUUUCGCGGGGCAGGGACGAGGAGGCGCUGCAGGCACUGGCCUGGCUGCGUGGGGCCCACGCCGACAUCCGCUGGGAGUUUGAGCAGAUCCAGGACAACGUUCAGAGACAGAGCAGCCGCGUGUCGUGGGCUGAGGCCCGGGCCCCUGAGGUGUACCGGCCCAUCAUCAUCGCCUUGCUGAUGCGCUUCCUGCAGCAGCUGACGGGCAUCACGCCCAUCCUGGUCUACCUGCAGUCCAUCUUUGCCAGCACUGCAGUCCUGCUGCCCCCCGAGGACGACGCAGCCAUUGUAGGGGCCGUGAGGCUCUUCUCUGUGCUGAUCGCUGCCCUCACCAUGGACCUGGCGGGUCGGAAGGUCCUGCUGUUCGUCUCAGCAUCCAUCAUGUUCGCUGCUAACCUGACGCUGGGGCUGUACGUCCACUUGGGCCCGAGUCCGCUGACCCCCAACGGAACCAUAGGCCUUGAGAGCGCACCCCUGAGGGACAGUGAGCAGCCCCUGGCCUCACCCACCAGCUACCUCACUCUGGUGCCCCUGCUGGCCACCAUGUUUUUCAUCAUGGGCUAUGCCAUGGGCUGGGGACCCAUCACCUGGCUCCUCAUGUCGGAGAUCCUGCCUCUGCGCGCCCGCGGUGCGGCCUCGGGGCUCUGCGUCCUGGCGAGCUGGCUCACAGCUUUCGCCCUCACCAAGUCCUUCCUGCCUGUGGUGGUGAGUGCUCACUGGGGCCCACCGGUCCGCUCUGUACCAGCACUUCUCUGCCAUCUCACCGGGUCCUCACAGACGCCCAGACAGAUCAGGUCCCACCCCCACCUGAGGCUGAGCAGCCAAGUGAGAGGGCCUCGCACGGGCGCCCUCAUUACAAGAAACAGACCACAGGAACGGUCCCCAGAAGCCAGGCCACCACCCAGGCCUGGGCAGGACCCGGCCUGGUGCUCUGCUGGGGCCUGAGGACCCCACCUGCCACCGCACUCUCCCUGGGUGUCCAGCUCCCUCCCAGGUGGUGGGGUCUGCAGUGUCCCCUGCUACAUAAGGCCACAGUGUGUGGGUGUGCAUGCCCACACACACAUACUCGCUCACACACACUCAGCCACCCCUCCUGGCCUAACUCCAUUGCCAGGUUCAAACCUCCAACCGAGACCCCGGAACCAGAAUCUCGGGUCUCAAUUCCAAAUUCCCCCAACAAUCAGGCGUGGCUUGGGUCCAUGCCCACCCUGAGCCAGUGUAUCAGGGUGUGAGAACAAGCAUUCCAGAAAGCAGGUAGGUCAGCUGGGAACGGGUGUGGUGCAGGGGGUGGCCCCAGAAGAGUGAGUGCCCAGCCAGGUUGUGGCAGCCGGCCUCCUGCAGGCAGGGCAUGGGUGGAUGGGUACCAAGGCAAGGUGGCUGAGCAUGGAGCCCUCAGGCAGGAAGGAGACCCCAGUCCAUCACCGAGUGCAGCCUGUGAGGCCCCGAGACACUGUGGGAGCCCCAGGAGGUCUCUGAGCAGGGGAGUAGCAGGGGCAGGGCCCACAGAGCUUGUCCAGGGCAGGAGGACCCCCGGGUUCUCCGUGUGACCCCAGCCCUGGGCCCUGGCCAGUGUGAGCAAGGCCCACAGAGCUUAUCA